CAAGACUUGGGAGCACUCGUACGUGGUCAUGCAAUGCUGAGAAAAAAACCUUCUACAACAAUCAGUAAUGGAUUCAGAGCUAAAUUAAAACUAGAGAGGCUCUUCCUCCUCCCUUCCUCCUUUUCUCUUCUUCCUCCUCUUCUUGUUCAUCUUCUUCCCUUUCUAUGCCCAAAAAUUGAAAGAGGGUUUAGAGGCUUCCAAGCACGCUCAGGGGCUCAGGGAUAUGGGGACUUGAGCCCACUGGAUCCGCCAUAACAAGCUAUAGUUCUAGAGAUAAGUUUCAUUAUACUUGUCACUUGCGACCAAAUAUUUCUUCUCAAAAUACCGGCACUACACGCAUACUAAUAUAUCUUUUUCGAUUUUACCCCUCAUAAUUUGUGCUAUUCAACCACACAUUUAGUUAUGCAAUAUUCAACACUUGUUUUUUGGUAAUUGUUAAAGGGGUAUUUUUGUCCUAAUCUAUUCAACAAAUGAUUGCCUAAAUUUGCGUGUAUUAAGUAAAAAGUGCAAGUAUUACGAAAUCUGGGCGCAGUAAGAGUUGUUUGGUUUGCCUUAGAAGUCAAGCCAAAAUUUAGUCACGCUCAGGAAAUUUAGCUUGUGUUUGGUUCAAGACCAAAAUUUGGUCGCGUCCUGAAAAAUUAAGCCAACCAAAAAAUUUUCUAUAGCAAAGCUACUUAAGAUUUUGACGUUCGCUCGAUUUUUAGCUGGCCAAAAUUUUAACUUUAUCACAAAUCAAACACUACAACCAAACAAACCCUAUGUGUUGAGUUUGAAGUCCAGGGACUCUUCUUGUAGCAAAGCCCCUCAGUUCAAAGUUCAAACUGAAGGCAGGAACAACGGCGAGGCAGAGUUCAAACCUGAAACAAUAAAAAAUUGCAGCAAGAGGUGGCAUAUAAAAUAAAUGAAGCAUUGACACAGGCAUCGCUGCAGAGAGCCAAGCAAGCUGGGAGGGAAGGGUAGUGAAACCAGGUGUUGCUGGCUGGUGAGGUGAGGGCGGCUGAGAAGGCAGGCAGGGAGGGAGGGAGAUGAGUGCGGCGGCGGCAGCGAGUUCGGUGACCAAGUUCAUCAAGUGCGUCACCGUCGGGGAUGGGGCCGUAGGGAAGACCUGCAUGCUCAUCUGCUACACCUGCAACAAGUUCCCCACCGAUUAUAUCCCCACUGUGUUUGACAACUUCAGUGCCAAUGUCUCUGUGGAUGGGAGCAUUGUGAACUUGGGCCUCUGGGACACAGCAGGUCAGGAGGAUUACAGCAGAUUGAGGCCUCUUAGCUACAGAGGGGCUGAUGUAUUUAUCCUGUCCUUCUCUCUGGUGAGCAGAGCAAGCUAUGAGAAUGUAUUGAAGAAGUGGAUGCCAGAGCUUCGCCGGUUUUCACCUAGUGUUCCUGUAGUUCUUGUAGGAACCAAACUAGAUCUCCGUGAAGACAGAUCUUAUCUUGCUGACCAUUCCGCUGCUUCCAUCAUCACAACUGAACAGGGGGAGGAGCUCAGAAAGCAGAUAGGUGCUGUGGCCUACAUAGAAUGCAGCUCAAAGACGCAGAGGAACAUAAAGGCUGUUUUUGAUACUGCGAUCAAAGUAGUGCUUCAACCACCAAGGCGAAGAGAAGUUACCAGAAAGAAAAUGAAGACGAGCUCAAACCAAUCUGUGAGGAGGUACCUCUGUGGAAGUGCUUGUUUCACGUAAUAAGGAAGAGCGCUUUCACAAUCUUUUACUGGAUGUACUGGACAGCAGCAGCUCUGUGGAAGAACGGUACCCUUGUAGCCACUGGGAACUUCUGGUUCUCUUGUACCCUGUGAUAGGGAGCUGUUUUGCUUUCUUUCAGCUGUGAAAUAUGAAAGAAGUUUUUGCCAUUAAGUUUGUAGUUUCUACUUCCCCAGAGCUGUACCUCCAUUUACUAUGAACAACGACGGAUUAUGUAGUAGUAGUAGUAGUAGUAAUAGUAGUAAGUAUGAAGUAACCCUUCUGUACUUGUUUUAUUACCCAAUCGAUAUCGUGAGAAAAUCUUUGAAUCCUAAUGGACAGACCCGAAGGAACAGACUUAAUGUCGAUCAUAGAUCUUCCAUUGUCAUUGUCUAUCAUCAGAAAUGUCCUCA